AAAAAUUAAAAAGGCCCAACUUGGUCCAACUUCCGACGCCGCUAACAAAAUAGAAAAUCUUCAACCCUUCUCUUCCUUCUCUGCCAAUAAACUAAACCCUAACCAACUCCAAGUGUCGAGCCACCCAACUCACUAUUAACAAUGGCGCAUCAUCGUGGCUCCGACCCUGAAACCGAACCAAACACCCGACUUUACAACCCAUACCAAGACUUGAACCUUCAAGUUCCCAUAACCAACCUGUACAAGCUCCCAACCUCUCCGGAGUUCCUCUUUCCUGAGGAAUCCCUCCACCAACGCCGCUCUUGGGGAGAAAAUCUGACCUUUUACACCGGUUCCGCUUAUUUAGGUGGCUCUGUAUCCGGCGCAGCCGUCGGGCUCUUCUCGGCUCUCAAGAACUUCGAGCAAGGCGAUACUUUGAAGCUGAAGAUCAACCGGAUCUUGAAUAGUUCGGGUCAUACGGGCCGGACAUGGGGAAACCGGAUCGGGGUGGUGGGCUUGAUUUAUGCGGGGCUGGAGAGUGGAGUCGUGGCGGUGACUGAUCGUGAUGAUGUCUGGAGCAGCGUGGCUGCGGGUCUGGCCACCGGAGCGGUUUGUCGUGCGGCGAGAGGGGUGAGGUCCGCGGCGGUGGCGGGUGCUCUGGGUGGGUUGGCGGCGGGAGCAGUGGUCGCUGGGAAGCAAGUUUUGAAGAGAUACGUGCCCAUUUGAAAAAAGAGAUGAUUUUGCAAUAAGUUGAGGCUAGCGGGUUAUUUAAAGGAUGGAAAGGAGAAGUGAUUGUAUAUUCACCAUAAGAGUUAUGUUCCGUUGUUGUAUCUGACUCCGUGGGGUUUUGUUCUUUUCUUUAAGGAUUGGGGUCUUUAGUGACACCCCCCAAAAAAUUCAAGGAUAAGGUGCUAGAUUUUAUUUUCUAUUUUGUUGUUAUUUGCUUUCAUAUAGAUAUAACACAGAAGUUUCUCUCAUUGCAUCUUUGAUAUUCUUUUAACAAGUUGGAUCUUCUCUAUUAAAGGGAGGGUUUGAGAGGCUUGUAAAACAUUAUAAAUCCCGCAAAUAUGGACGGGAUGGAGAAAUAGAAAUUUUUACCUUUAUUCC